AUGCAUUAAAUAACAACACUUGAAACUGAAACCCCAAAAAAAACGGUAGAAGAUUAGUUUUAUUAUCCUAGAAUAAAUAUUCAAUUAGAUCAUUAGCCUUACCAAGAAUUACUUUAGUUAGAUUUGAAAAAUCACCUUACCAUAGUGGAAUAAAUGAACACACUAGUAAUGUCCCUAAACGUUAUAACAGAUAAUAUUAUAAGAUCCAACAAUCUGCGAAAGAGAGAGAUUUGAUUAGCGAUGUUAACUGAAUUGGUUAUUGUUUAGAAAGAUGUAUAUGCCUCGCUUUCAAAUAAUCAUGAAGAACCUUACCUAGACCGUAAGCCUAAAGACCUUGUUGGAGAUGAAGCCUACAAAUCUUACUAUCAUACAUUCAAAAAUAUAAAACGAAUUUUAGAAUAGAAUCAAUUUGAGAAUAUUGCAAGUACCAUAAUCAAUUUAAUUGUUUAGAUUCUGUAUAAACUAAUCUAAUUUAAAGAGCAGAUAAGUUGAAAAUUUUACCAUGCAAAAUGGGAUUGAUUAAACUUAAAGGAGAUAAGAAUUCCAUCUCCAUUUAAAACUAAAAAUUUGGGGAUAAAUAUGUAGAAGUACUAUCAGAAGGAUUAAGAACCUUACCUGCUAUCCAAGAUUUCAAUUUCAAUCAUAAUAGAAUCAAAGAACAUGGAGCAUCGUAGUUGUUUCCUCUAAUCAGCAAAUAAGCAAGAACAAUUGAGUUUUAAACUAACUCCAUAGGAUAAAAAGGACUUGAACCAAUUCUAUAAUGUUUGCCAUUGUAGACAUGCAAGUAAAUUUGAAUUGCAAUCUCAAGGAUCUAGAUUCUCAAUUUAGAAGAUAAUUAAUUAGG